UUCAUUUCAUGAAAUCUGCUAUUUAUUUUGAGUUUUGAUGUAAAUAUUUUUAGCAGAUAAAAUACAUCGUAAAAUGUAUUAAAAUGUAUACAUUAUUACAUGGUUUUUACAAAUAUCUGGUGCAAAAAGACGAAUACUGUGUGUUAAUAUUAGGUCUCGACAAUGCUGGCAAAACGACGUAUCUGGAGGCUACAAAAACAAAAUUUACGAAGAAAUAUAAGGCAAUGAAUCCAAACAGGAUAACAACCACUGUUGGCUUAAACAUAGGCAAAAUUGAUGUAGAUGGCGUAAGACUUAAUUUUUGGGACCUCGGAGGACAGCAGGAGUUGCAGAGUCUUUGGGACAAAUACUAUGCAGAGUGCCACGCUGUUAUAUACAUAGUAGACUCGUCUGACAGAGAUAGAAUAUCUGAAUCUAAAGAAACCUUUGAUAGAAUGAUAGCUUCCGAACACUUGUCCGGUGUACCGUUGCUGGUACUAGCCAAUAAACAAGACAUUCCAGACUGCAUGGGGGUUCACACCGUAAAGCCAAUAUUCAACCAGAAUGCACACCUCAUCGGUGCAAGAGAUAUUAUGCUGAUGGCCAUUUCUGCUCUUAAUGGAGAUGGGGUCGACGAAGGCAUCAGAUGGCUUGUGGACUGCAUAAAGCGAAACAGCGUCGAUCGGCCGCCGCGCAACCACGACGAUAACUUAUAAAGGCGACACCUACACCCGGUGCAUGUAUAAUAUGUCUUACGCCCGACCGAACGACACUACCGAUACAAUGAAUAAUAAUUAGUUUUCCUAUUAAGAUAAUGAUGUGACUCGUACGGCCCAUUGUUUUGUACAUACAGUAUUGACAUUUAAGAAUAAAACAUUACUAGAACUGGUGCUGUAUUGCUAUCCUUUUUCAGUGAUAAAUUGUACCUUUGAUAAGAGAUACGUUGUGACUGGAUAUUUGAGGAGUACCUGCACCUGAUAAAACACUUCUGAUAACAGUACAGUUUACACCGUCGUGGAAUAUUGUGGCAUAGUUAGUGAAAUGUUUUUAUUAAAACAAUUUUAACGAA